AUGCCGCCUCCCCCGCCUCCACCCAAGGGUAAAAAAGCGCCUUUGCCCAAAAAGAUCUCCAAGGCGCCUCCCCCGCCAGGGGGAAAGUCAGCCCCGGAGGGAGGGGAGAAAGCUACGCCUGCUCCGUCUGAAGCGAAGGCGGCUACACCUGCUCCUUCUGAAGCGAAGGCGGCUACGCCUGCUCCGUCUGAAGCGAAGGCGGGGCCUCCGGCAGGAAAACUGACGCCUCCUAAAGGGAAGACGCCGCCUCCUAAAGCGGGGCCUCCCCCCGGCGGUGUUGGCCUUUCAGAAGCGAGUGGAUCCACUGCAAAAACCGCGGCACCACCUCCAGGCUCUCUCGUCGCGUCUCCGGCGCCCAAAGGCGCUCCGUUGCCCGCGGGGAAGGGUAAGGCGCCGCCCGCAGCGAGCGCGGCGCCGGCUCUCGGGCCCGAGGCAUCUGGGGACGGACGCCACGCGACGUUUUACAGUGAUGCCUCUCGACCCGUUGGACUCCCCAGGAGCGGAAUGGACGUGGUGUCGCUCGAGCAAGGGGGCGAGGCUCUGCGGGCAGCAGGCGAGGCAGCCGCCGCGAAGGCAGCCAUGAUGGUUCAGAGGUUCAACCUCGCCGACCUCACGAACGUGCCUGUCGCCUCCGUGCACGGGACAGAACCGCCCGCGUUUCCCUUCGCUCCGGGUGCUGAGAGGAACCCGGCCCUUCUCACGACGGCGAUAAAGGCUGAAAUGGCCAUGCGAAGCAGCCAGCCCACUCAGACUGAGGAGGAACGGCGCCUGAUGCUCGCGGGCUCCUUCAGUUCCCAGCAGCGGAUCAGUUUCAAGAUGACGCCGGAGCACCAGCGCGUGGCUGAGGCGCUGACGCUGCUUCGACGCAUCGAAGAUUUCCGAGGAAGCGUGCAGGCAGGGGAAGUCCAGCGGAUUCGCUAUCUCCUACGCGUCGGCGCCAUCGAAGCUUUCAGCCAGCAGCGGUACUCGGACGCCAUGCUGCAGGCGCUGCACUCUUACCUGAUCGCAAAGGCGUACUACACUGCGUACGAAAGCACACCUCUCGAGGGCGAGAUGGUCCCCGAACUGCUUCUCCUCGCCAAGUGCUGCGGCCUCUCGGGCUGUCCAGAUCGCGGCGAAGAGUUCCUCAGAGAGUUGCGCUACAUCGUCGAAAACACCCUCAUCUUUGUGUCCACUGGCAGCAACGCGCCAGGCGCUGCGGCGGCAAAGGCUAGCGGCCCCGGCGGAGCGAACCGCGGAAGUCCUCAGGGCCCGGUGAUGAAGGUCGAGAAGCACGUCCUUGCCUCUGUCGUCAGCAGCUUGGCAGAGCUGUGCAGUCUCUACAAUCAGCCCGAAAAUGCGAAGCUGUUCUACGAGAAAUACGUGAUUCUCACGAAAGAUGUGUACGGAGCGGACUCUCUGGCGGUGAGCGACGCCCUCAAUACCGUCGCUCUGUACUUCUUUCGGACCCGGCAGUACGACCAAGCCUUGCCGCUCGUGGAGCAAGUUUUGGAUAUUCGUAAGAAGCAUCUGGGCGACUUUGAUGUGGCGGAGCCGAACGCUCGAGUAGCGGACUGCUACGCGAAUAUCGGACUGCUUCAUCGUCUUCUGGGUCGGCCGGCGGAGGCUUUCCCGUUUGUCCUCAUUUCGCUGGACAUGCGGAUGCGGAUCUAUCAGACUCGCGACACGGAGGCCGUCCAGGACAUGGUUCUCGCCCUGGGUUGUUUGCAGCACCAGGCGGGACACUUCCAGGAGGCCCUCGAGGCCUACAAGGAGGUUUGGGCGUUUCGGAAUAAAACGCUCGGGGUCACGCAUCCCGACACCGUCAACGUGGAGAUGCUGCUGAGGCAGCUUGAGAAGGAUUUUGCGGCGCAGAUGCAAGAAGACAAGCAGCGCUUCGUGCACCGCGACAAGGCGUUGCCUUCCGCGAGCGCCUUCGACUUGACGACGCGUGCAGCCUCGCAGCCGCCGCUGUCGCGAAGGGGGCAGAGGCCAGGCGACGUUUUCUACGAGGAGACCUACGACCUGUCGUACGACGAGGGCGCGAAGAAAACUCUGGUCGACUACGUGGACUCGUCAGAGGCUGUGCGCCUCCUGAAGCCGUCGACUGCGGCGACGCUCGAGGAGUAUCGCCACCAGCAGACGGCGAAAGGGUGUAGGUACAACGCGCGGGGCGUCCCGUUCCACUCGGUCGCCCGCAUGCGGGCGUUGUACGGCGAGGAGUGGCGGUCGAUGAUGGUUCCUUCCGUCGCCAUUCUCCCGUACGUCGACGUCGAAGUGACGGGGCCGGACACGCUGAAGCUGGCAGAAUGUUUCCAGUUCCAGGAGGCGCUGUCUGUCGAGCGGCCGACGCUCCCAGUGGUCAACGUGCCCCAGAUCGAGCGCGGCGAGGCCAUGCUCGAGAACGGCCGGCCGCACAUGGUGGUCAACCCCGACGCAGCUGAUUUGCUGACACAGUGGGGCGUCGCUCUGCCGGAAGUCGACGAGAACGGCAAAGUCGUCAACCGCGAUCCGAAGUUCCGCGAAGACGAGGGCUUCCGUCUCUUCCUUCCCCUCGUCGACCCGAGCACGAAUCAGCCGUUUGUGGGCUUCUUCGGCGAGCCUGUUAUGGUGCCGAACCCGGCGGUGUACCACACCGUCAUCGCGCCGGCGAUUCUGCGGUACGCGCGGAAGCAGGCGGCGCUGGCGCAGAGGGAGAAAAGCAAAUUGGCUGGGGGCCAGGCGAAGACGAGCUCUCUGGAAAGCGGCAUGAAGGUCGCGCCCGGAGUCGUGGUGGCGAAGUUGAAAUUCGCGAAGCCCAGCCCCGCGGGAAAACUGGCCAAGGCCAAGCCGCCAGUGGAGAAGAAGGCGGCCGAGGCCAAGGCAGAGACGCCGGACCUGCGUCGGACUGACUCGAAGGCGAAGGCGCCCACCGAGCCCAAGACGCCGACGGAGCCCAAGAUGUCGACGGAGCCCAAGACGCCGAAAGACCCCGCGCCGGCCCCUUCCCUGGCGAAGAAAAAGUCCGCGGAGACGCCUGGGAAGGGAAAGAGUCCUUUUGGGUCGAAGGCGAGCUCGACUUCGAGCCGGAGCGGCGAUUUGAAGGGGAUCCCAGCGGCCCCGCCCUCUGCGAAGGACGGAGAGUCUUCGUCCUCCGAAUCCGAGAGUGACAGUGACGUCAGCGAGAAGAAAAGCACGGCGUCGGCGAGCAGCGAAACUGCCAAGGCCCCGGUCAAGAAAGCGGCUGCAGGUUUCCCCCCGCCCAAGCCUGCAGCGGGCCUGGCGAAGCCUAAGGGGCUCUUGGGGGGCGGCCCUGGCAAAUUCGACGCGUCCGCAUAUAAGGCGAAGGUGAAGGGCGUCGGACCGCUUGGGAAAAAGCUGACGUUUCGGCCGGUUCCCCAGCACAAGGCGGUUUUGCCUGCCACGUUGCGUUACCUUGGAGAGACAAGGGACUCACUGGUUUGCGAGGCCCCGCGCCAGAGGGAAAAAAUGCGCGAAGAAAUCGGUGCGACCUCGACACAGCGGUCCGGCGAGGCCGCCGCCGAGGCAGCGCAGGAAAGCGGAAGACCCGAUGGCGCCGGAGAAAGAGGCACAGACGCGGCGAAAGAAGAGUACCCCGCCCCGCCGCAAACGGAAGCCAAACGCGCGGAGAUAGUCCCGCGAGAAGCGGAUGGGCCGCCGGCGAGCGCCGGGGCCUCUGCGUCGCUGAGGGCGCCCCCUGGGAAGCAGGCGCAGAGUCGGGUCACGGAGAGGCAGGAGCAGGGAGAUACUGUUGCCAAGUCUCAGGAGGAGAAACCAGUGCAUCUCUCAGCUGAGACGCCUGACGCGCCCUGCCGAGAAGGGGAGACCGGAGAGGACAUGCAGGCUGCUUCUUCUUUUUUCCGGCGUCACCCGCCAAGUCCGCCGCGCUCGUCGGCUGCUUCAGUAGGGCGAGAGCCUGACUUUCCUCGACAACCGCCGCGCAGUGAGAGUCAGGCGGAUCCUGACGCACCUUGCGGAGCGCCUGCUCUGGGGAAGGAGGAAUCUUCUCCGGAAGGAGAGAGACGCGAACGAGAGAAGUCUGAGCGCGAGCGAACGAAGGACGACUUCAAGAACCUGCUUCUGAAGAAGCAACAGGAACACAUGAGCGUGACGCUCAUGCGUCUGCAGCAAGAGCGCGAUGGCCGCGCGUCCCAGUCCGUGAAUUCGUGUUCGAUCUCUGCGGAAAUGAGCCGCUCGCUUGAGACCGAGAAGGGCGACAAUUUCCCUCGCCUGUCUCAGCGUGAGUCCCCAGGCGCCGAGUGGGCAUCCUCGCUCGGCUUUCCGGGCAUGCACAGACUCUCUGCAGUUCUCACAGCCUCUCGCUUCCCGGGGGACGACAUGUGGAGAAGUGAGACAGCGACAGGGACCAAGACGGAGGCAGAGAGCGAACCUGGGAGGCUGCGCGGAGGAAGAACCGAACGUCCGAACGACCAGGGGAGUCGCCAGAGGGAGUGUCUCGCUUCGCCCCGCAGUGACCAGAGUGCCGGGACGAACCCGAUGCGUCGUCAACUCGAUCCCCAGCAGACGACGGAGACCGCUGGCACGGAGCAGCUAGCGUCACGGCGCGGCUGGGCUUCCUCCCGUCUUGCAUCGCCCGAUCUUUUUCUUGCUCCAGGCUCUUCUCCGCGGGCACCCUGCGAUUCAGAGAGCCCUCUCCUGUCGCUAGACAGUUCCGAGCACACAGAGUCUGAUCUGUUUCCUCCUCGAUCAUCUCGCGCUGUCUCGUUCCGACAGCCUGGAGGUCGGCGUGGGCUCGUCGCCCCUUCGUCGUCAGCGUUCGGGUCCUCCGGCGUCGUCCCUGACGCCUCUGUGGUACCGCAGAGCCUGGAGCCGGUUUCUUCUCGGCGGCGUCGAGAAACCGAAGGAGAAUCCGAUUCACCAGCUGCCGCGCCCAUCCCGGAGUCGCCCGAUUUCCUCCGCAUGCCGUUUUUGACUGGAAUGGGAGCGGCUUCGGCCGGGCUCUUCUCCCCCCCGGCGUCGUCUACCGCCAGCUCGAGAGGGAGUGGAGAGAGGGGCGGCGGCGAGAUUUCCUGGAGCGGGAGAUCUGAGAAAGCUGUUGAGGGAGUUCUGGCUGCCGCGCGGGCGUUUGCGGCUCUCCGCAACUCGGCACACGCCGGGCAGAGGGGAGAGGUUCGCAGGCGAGACUGGGAGACAGGAAAGACGGUGGCAUCUGUGUUUCCCGAGAUAGAAGCUAGGAAGGGAAGGCCCGAGAUCAGGGAGGCUGUUGACGUGUUUUCCCUUUCCUCCGAGGACCUCGCCUCGAAGCCGAGGGUCAGUGAGGAAGAGCAGGUGUAUGGAGACGCACCAGGGGAGCCUUGGGAUGUAGAUUGGCGAUACAUCGGCGCAGAGAGGGAAUCCGAACGGAGGCGACGGGGGAGACAGAAGCCCGGCGGACCAGACGAGCGGCCAGGCCAUCAUGGGGAGGCAGGAGACGCGAGUUGCAUCCAGAGAGAAACGCGGCAGUGCGUGACAGGCAGCACGGGGAGAGAGCCCGAGGGACAGAGAAGAGGCGCCGAGCAGUCGUCGAGCCCAGUCCGUGGAUCGAGCAGAAAGGUAAAAGACAAGAAACGGCCUACCCGUCGUGCGGCGUUGCGGCGAGCAUCAAGGGCGACACGCGAUGCUCUUUUUCCGAUUUCGAACGACGAAGAGAUGCGAAACCGUCUCAAAGAGCGCAGAAAGCGAGGAAACCCGUCAGGCGGACGGGCGAACGAAGAGCAUCUUGACGAGGCGGAGCUAUCUGUUUCAGAUUUUCAUGAAGAAAGAGGCGUCGGUCGAGAGAGUGAAAUUCAAGCGGAUACAGACCAAGAAGUAUGGGGAGAGGAAGACGGCGAGGAAGCAGAACUGCUUUCAGCACAGGAGGGCGCGACUGACCCGCUGGAGUUGCCUGGUGAAGGGAACAGCGCAGACGGCGGAGCUCCGCUCGUAUCGUAUCCGGCUCGGGGAACGGCCAGAGAGGACCAUCCCUUCCUUCCGAGAUCCUCUUCCCCGUCUCCCGCGCGAUCCACCGCGAACGGAUCUGCCCGAUUUCCCUCGAGGUCGGAGUCCUCGCCUUCUCGCCGUCCCUCGGCAAUGCCGACAUCCCGUUUCCUCCGACCUGUCUUUGUGUCGCCUUCCGCUUCUUCACGCUCGUCUGCUUAUCCGUCCUCGCCCGCUCGUCCAAGGCAGCUUUCAAAGUCGCGAAACACACGGAGGACCACGCGUAACUGGGGCCGCCGAGAGAGAGAGCGCGCAAAGAAGGCGCGAGGAGACAACCCAGUGAAUGGAGGGCGACGCGAAGCUCGGGCAGAAAGAGACACUGGGGGACGGCUAGUGAACCGGGGAAGAGAUUCCUCGGAGGGUCAUGAGGCGUCAGAGGUAGCAGAGACUGAAUGGGACGUCGACGCUUCCGACGUGGAGGAAGAUGCAUCUGGAUCGGACGGUCGCCGAGCCGUCUUCUCUCCUGAGACAUUCCAUGGGGCCUCGCUUCCUUUUUGGGACGGCGAAACGGAGAAGACGGAGUCCUGUUUUUCCUCCGUUUCCGGAUCCGCGUUGUUUCCUUCGAACCGUCCUCAGCGAGGCUCGGGAGACAGGUUUGGUUCGGACGAGGACGAACGCACGAUUUUAUCUGCGUCCUCGCGUUCGUCUUCCGUUUCCUCUCGUUCCUUCGCGUGCGGCGACGACUCCUGCGAAGGAGCGGCCGAGCGCGGAGCGCGAGUCGGAGAUAGUCCUGUUCUCUUCCUGCCCGCAGUUUCCUCGGUUGGGCUUUCUCUGUCAGCCUCGCCUACCGUCACGGAAGGCGAACUCGACGGGGAGUCUCCCGGAUGUUCUGAGCCUUCGCUGGGCCCUCCGCUGUUCGCGCCCCCCGAGGCGGAGCAUGCAAGGCCCCUGCCAUCGCCGGGUUUCCGGAAGCGCCUCUUCGGCCGGAGAGAGAGUGGCGUGUCGGAGAGAGACAGCCACGGAGACACGCCUUCCGAGGGCAGCUGGAGCCCAGCUAGCGCCGGGGUCCGGUCGCACGUCCCAGACGAGAGCUGCGGAAGCAAUGCGUCAAGCCCAUCCAGUGGGGCGCUCCGGGGCCGAGUGAGCCUGGGGAGCCUGAGGGCGGCUUUUUUGAAGAGCCCCUCAAAAAGUUCAAACGAGGACCAUCCCUCUCCAGCGCCUAGAGAGUCGAGCUCGGGGAUCCGGCCCCUCGCCUCCCUCGCCCGGCGUCUCUCGGGGGCAGCCUCGCGUCUCGCGCACUCGAGCCACCACGCGGGGGAGUCCGAAGAGCCCAGUGCCCGACAGGAGACACCGGGCGGCGCGAACGCCCGGGAGAGCGGCCGGGCGGGUCUGGUUGCGACAUGCCGCGGAGACAUGGAGACACAGACGGACUUCUCGGUCGGCGCGCUGGGGCUCGGGACAAUUGCCCAGACCGUCGUCAGAGACGAGAAAAGGAACGGCGAGGGAGAGCGCCAGUUGCAGAGGGCUUCCCUUCGGCGAUUCAGCUUCACCAGCCUGAUGAAAAAAGACCUGCGACGCCCGGGUCGGACGGUUUCAGAUUCCACCGUGACCGCGACCAACGGGGAGGGGAAGGCGUCCCGCCUCGGGGCUCUUUUUCAUCGGAGAAGCAAAGACGGCACUGGCCAGGGCGAUCUCGGAGAGGGGAGAGAACCCGAAGCAGGCGGAGAAGAAAGAGAACGGGAGGAGGCGCAGAUAGCAGACGCCGGCUUAGGAAGGAACCUGGGGAACAUAGACAAGGGACCGGAAGGAGGCGCAGAAGCGACAGAAGCCGACGACAAGGCAUCCGAAAACGCAGGUGGAGAAGAGAGACACCCGAACGAGCAGGCCCGACUGUCGGGCUUCGCGCCGCUCCUCGAAAUACCGCGCAGGUCCUCCGACUGCGAAACACCCCCUCGAGAGCGACCCGAGGCGCCUCCAGAGACAUCUCAGGUCGACGGCAGCACGCGCGAGGGAGAGGGGAAUCUGCCUGGGCCGGAAGAGAAUUCGCAGCCGUUGUCUGAGGCCGACAGUGCCAGCGGGAAGGAACAGAGGGCGGCCGAGCGGGGAGAUGCAGGAAGGGAGACAGAAGAGGAUGGAGGCAGAAGAGGCUCACCGAAAGAGACGCUUUCUCUCGGGAACGUCUCUCAUUCUUCUGUAGACUGUGCGGCAAAUCACCACGGAGAAGCGGAAGGGGAAGCAGAAGGCCACGGAGAUUGUGGAAGCCCCCCGAGCGAGACACCCGCCCAGGCUUGUUCCGACGACAGAGAAGACGAUCCCGAGAGAGAGGAGGAAGAGCCGGGCCAAGGUGUAGAGACAGCGGAGAGAAAGGAGGAAGAGCCGGGCCAAGGUGUAGAGACAGCGGAGAGAGAGGAGGAACGGGCGGCUUCCCCCUUGUCUUGUGUCUCCUUGGCGUCGUCACAGUUGGCCAGCGGAGCCUCCGACUCUUCUCCUGCCCGUAGGCGUCUCUGUUCUUCCCGCGGGGCACGUCACGGAUUUUGGAUCCUCUCCAGAAGACUUCGGAAAACAGACAACCCUUCGAGUCCGUCAUCAGCCCACGGUUGCGUUGCUUCCCCCUCAGCCUCAUUGCAACACCCCAUUUCGACAGAGGGGGCGACAGGCCCGCGAGCCAGCGGCAGAGGAGAGGCCCUGGAAGUGCAGCUGAGCAGGGACGAAGGCGCCACGGAAAUUCCGAGGCGGUGUGUAGAGACAGCUCCGGUGACAAGGGCGAAUUCUGCGACGGGAAGGUUCAGUCCGAGUUUCCGUUCCCUCCUCUCUCUCCGCCUGUCCGUACGAGAGGAGCUAACGAGGCGCAGAAAGAGUACCAGCAGUGUAGCGCCCUCGGAGACGGGGCAGUCGGAGGGCGUGCAUGCCGUUUCCGCCGGGCAGGACGCAGCGAAGGACCAGCCGCACACACUUGAAGUUUUCCCCUCUUUUUGUUCAAGUGCCGAGGGCUGUCGCUCUGCAUCCGACCAGCUGUCGGGACUCGCACGCAAAGAAGAGACAGAGGAAAGAAGUCUGUCCUCGGAUUCACGAGUUUCUUCCGCAGCGGAGGCGGUGGAGCCGCGAGAGGUCGCGACACGCAGGAGGGUUUCCCUGUUUCGAAGGAACCCAACGAAAGAGGGAAGGGGGAAAGAAGUGAGAGGAAAACGGGGCCUCCGGCGAUCGAGCUAUUCUCGGGGUUUCCGUGGUUUGAGAGGACGCGCUGCGGCGCACCGGGACGCCUCUAGUGGAGACGGGGCGCCAGACGACAGCGCAGACGGGCCGGGGGUUGCCCAGCGAGACAGGCCAGAGAGCGAAGCAGCCGAGGCCUGCACCGCAGGAAGUGACUCGGGGAAAGAGAGAGGGGGUCGGAUGCGACGGCUGUCAACCUUUUUGAGACUGACAACAAACUCCAAGACGGAGAACGGUAGCAAGGAAACGCUCGCGCGGCGGCGCGUGGCGUCUCUUCCACCUCUGCCGCCCCCGGCACAUGGUCCCCCUGUGUCGCCUUUCGGACUUGGAGCAGCGGCGAGGAAGGGUAUGUCGCGUCUCAGGAGGAGGAGCAGCCAGUCGACGGCACUUGAGGAAGAAAAGCUGCAAGAGAGAAACCAGCCGGUGACUCUCUGUAGACACAGUUUCUCGCGAGAUCCCCGUGAUUCCGCGGGCCACCAAUCCUCUUCGCUCCAUGCAUGCGAGAGAGGCGAGGGAGGCUGGCCGCGUGAGCGACAGGAUCGCAGCCCGGCCGUCAAAACACGAAACGGAGAAGAACGCGAUGAAAAUCCUCGGCGGGAGGCUGCAUGCGCAGGGGAGGACGAACACACAGAGACCGACGGGCGGGAAGGCAGCUCCUCUGAGGAGAGCGACGAAGAAACGUCUGCGCAGGAGUGGGUGGAGGGUAGCAGUGACGAAGGCGAAGACACCGUGUUGCCGGAGGAGGAAGACGAGUCAGGCGAAGACGGAGAACGAGAAGGAAGGGGAGAAGAUAAAGCCGAGGUCGCGUUUGCCAAAAGGCAAACCACGGGGCUGAGAUCAGGAGUGACUGCUCCACAUCGUCCAUGUCCGUCUGCUGAAGACGCCGCAGCGCCUCGUGCAGAAAGGCUCAAGACCGGGCUAGUGGGAAGCGAGUCGGGAGCUCCCGAAUGGGACACAAGUGACUGGAGUGUCGGAGAGAGCAGCAGCGACGAAGAGGUCGAGAGACCCUGGCAAGAUGGACCUUCCUCUUCGUCAGACGAAGAAAAACAAGGAAAGGUGGAAGACGAGAAAGAAGAGGAGAAAGAGGCCGAGGAGAAGGAGGGAGAAGAGAAAGAGGGAGAAGAGAAAGAGGGAGAAGAGAGUCAGACACAGGAGAGUCCGACACCAGAGAGAUUUCGAAAUGCAGGGGUAUGCCUUGAUGAGAUGCUACGGCUUACAGCAACACCUCCGUACCAACGGGAGAGCUCUAUCGAGAUUUCUGAGUUGUAUCAGCGUCAGUGGAAGUCCUUGCGGACAUUGGAAACCGCAGGGGCCUUUCCUCGUCAGCUGCGCCAGAACGCUGGGGCGUCGCAGCAGACACUCGCUGCUUCACGCCGCGUCGGGCGACAUUUGGGAAACCGCUUGAGCGUUGCCAAGAAGGCGCCGCUUGGGAAAGCGGUGGAGCUCUCGCGAGCGUCGUCCCAUUCACCAAGGGCGCCGUGUUCUUCGUCUUCUCCUGUGCGUCAGUCUUGUGGCUCUGUGCCACGCGCUUUCCGGGUGUCUUCCGCUCCCUCCGUGUCUCCGCUGCCGAUCCGUCCCGAACCGUGCGGCCGCGUGAGGCUUUUGUUCGGAGGGGCUCCAGUUUCCUUUUGCGUGUCGGCUGGACCUCCACGGUUUUUGACACAGCCCGUCCACGCGCUGCCGCCGAAGGGCCCGAAAGGCGGUCCCCCGAAGAAAGGCAAAGCCGCGGGGUGGGCGCCGCCGCCGCCUCGGCCGCCGCCUGGAGAAGACGAAGGCACGCAAAUGGUGGAGGGCCGGUCUGUUUUGAAGCAGGGAAUUUUCAAGAAACCAGAGGCUGCGCCGAAGAAGGACUUGCCUCCGAAGGAGGUGAAGGCGCUGGAGAAGGCCAGCCAAGCCGAAGCGGGCAAGGUCGAGACCGCGAAAAAAGCCGGUCCCCCUCUGGAAAAGGUGGCGGUGAAAAGUGUGCCGAAGCCCUCGCCGGCGGGCCCACCAAAGAUAGCCGCGAAGACUUCCGCAACCAAAGAAGAGGCGAAGACUCCCGCAGCCAAAGAAGAGCCAAAGACUCCCGCAGCCAAAGAAGAGGCGAAGGCGGCGCCUGUGGCAAAAGAAGAGGCGAAGGCGAAAGCUGCACUUGAAAGCCGCAAAAAGGGUGAUGGAUUCGCCCCAGUGAAGUUGCCACUCGGGAAGCCGCCGCCGCCGCCGAAAACCCCAAAGAUGAAAAUCGUGAUUGGGCAGACUGGGAAAGCAACUGUUCUCGAUGCGAAAGCUUCAUCGGAAGAUCUGGACUAUGACGGCAUUGAGCCGAGCUUCGUUCCCCCCUAUAUGGGCGUUCCGCCUGUCCCUAGGGAUGUUCUCUCCAAGAUCACGAAAUUGAAGCCCGGGACGGAAAAGGAUCCCCAGCUGGGGGAAGUUCCGGUAGUCAUUCUGAUGGACGAUAACAAUGUUGAGCUGGCGAGGCUCCCGUGGCAGGUCGACAUAUCCUCGUUUUCUCUUGCACAGAGCUCGAUGUCCAUCCUCGUGGCCCGCAGACUGGGCCUUUUGGCUCGGCGCCUCGAUGAAGACAAAAAGGAAGACGACACCAGAAAUUGGUUGACCGGAGAAGGUCUGAAAAAGUUCGGGCUUUCGAUGCAGAAAGAGAAACCCACCUUUGGAGACACCAGUCUCCUACUGGGCAUGGGCCUUGCGGCCCUCCCGGCUGCUCUUGCUCAGAAGAAGCCAGAGCCACCGAAAAAGGAGGAAGCGAAGCCGAAAGAAGAGCCGAAGAAAGAAGCACCGAAGAAAGGACCGCCUGGCGGGAAAGGGGGCAAGGGCCCGCCAGGUAAGGGGCCUCCAAAGGCAAAAGGAAAGGGGCCAAAGAAGAAGGGUGAAGGUGGUCUUAAGGUGGGCAAAAAAGACGAGGGUAAAACAAAGAGGUUCUUCUGGGAUCCUAUCUUUGAGGACGAGAUUCCCGGAACCAUUUUCAUGAAGAAACCAACUCUCCAACUCAAGCUUCAGGACGUCGAGGAGACAUUCGCGAAAGUUGUCGCCAAGAAGAAGGCAGAAACGAAGAAACCCAAGAUCAUCCAACUGCUUCCGGAUUCGAAGCGCGCCUACAAUAUGAACAUUGCCUUGUCGAAGUUCAACAAUUACUCAUACCAACAGUUGCGUGAGGCCAUAAUUGAUCUUGAUCCGAAGAUCCUAACGAUUGAGGCGACUGAAACGCUGCUGAACUUCGUGCCCACGGGGGAAGAAAACCAGGUCGUUAAAGAAUACAUUAACUCUGGGGGCGACUUGAAAUUGGUCGACAGGCCAGAACAAUUCGUGGCGGCUAUGCUGGGUGUGCCCCUGAUGAAACAGCGCCUUGAGGCCCAUGCCUUCGCUCUGAAUUUCCGGGAGGCUUACAGCGAUGCGUACACUCCACUGGAGAACAUGGCAGACGCGUGCGAUGCUAUCGACGACUCCCAGAACCUCAAAGUUGUCCUUUUCGCUAUUCUUGAGUUGGGAAAUGCGCUCAAUGAGGGCGACCCUCAGAGAGGAAGUGCGUCAGGGUUUAAACCGACAACACUUGCCAAGCUACAAGAAAUUCGUACAACGACAAAACCCGUCAGAACAAUGCUGCAAUACAUAUGCGAUAUUAUAUGGGAGCAACAACCGACAGCCCUGAACAUUUACGAGGAUUUGAAAAUAUGUGACAAAGCGCAACGUGUAGAUAUGCAGGGUAUUGAGGGGAGGAUUUCCAAUCUAAAGGCGGGCCUGACAAAAGUGAAGAACACUCUUGAGGCAGCAAAGAAAGGCAACGAGUCCACUGGAGUCAUGGGCGACCGUGACCCUCUUCGGAAGAUCAUGGAUGAAUUCCUGAUAGAGGCGGAGCCGAAGAUUAAGCAACUCGAUGACUUCCUGGUGCAGGUUCAAAGUCAAUUCUUGCAGACGUGUCACUACUCUGGUUAUCCUGACAAAGACGUUAAGAAGAUCAAGCCAGAUGAACUGUUCAAGCAGGUUGCGGGCUUCGCGAGACAGGUGGAUGCCAUUCGCAAGCAGAAGCAAGAGAUUGCGGAUCGUGAGUUGAAGCGCAAGGAGGCCGAGGCGAAGAGAGCAGGCAAAGGAAUCAAGACGACUGCAAUCAGAAAACUUAGGGGAAAGUGA